AUGAUUGCAAAAAUCAAAAACGAUCUCAGAGAUAACAAAUUCGAACAAUAUAACAUUGAAGAAAUAUUUCAAGGACCGAUCUCCGACCAGAGUAUUCUCAACAUCGUCAACAUGGAGGACAACAACGAAUUCAUCAAGAAAAUGGAUUACAUUAACCGAAUUCUCGGAACACCACAGGAUGCAUCACCAUAUGCAAGGAAGAAGUUACAAGCAUGUUUCGCCGAUAACCCAACAAAGACUCUCAGAAACAUAAUCUUAGCCGACAAAGUUCCACAACAAUCAUUGAAGCCAAGCGAAUACCUUGAUUACUACGGACCUCAAUGGGCAAACGAAGCUGAAGGCUACGAAAACUUCCUGCAUCAUGACUACGCGUUACCGGAGAGAUAUGGCCAAGCUUUCGCAAACGACUUCCUCGACUUCAUGACAAAUGAAUCGAAGAUCAUCGAAGUAAUCCGCAACAAGAAUCAUUUAUCGGCACACGGCCUCGAUGGAAUUCCGAACUCAGUUUACAUGCUAUUCCCAGUCAGCGCCGCAAAAUUCCUCAGUAUAUUAUUCAGAUCAAUCAUCAUAUCAGGUCACAUCCCAGACUGCUGGAAGCUCUCCAAGACAGUGAUGCUUUUUAAGAAGGACGACCCAUCGUUAGCAAAGAACUGGAGACCAAUCGGCAUCACGUCAUGCACUUACAGAAUCUUCAUGACUUUAGUCAACAAAGCGUUACAGAUGAUCCCAAUGUUCCACGCAAUGCAAAAAGGUUUCGUUCGCGGAGCAACACUGAGUGAGCACAUUGCAGUCGCGAACGAAGUCCUUUGCCAAUCAACCAGAACACAGUCUGAAAUGUUCCAAACAGCAAUCGAUUUCACGAACGCUUUCGGCACAGUUCCUCAUCAAUUGAUCUUUGAUUCUCUCGAAGCGAAGAAAGUUCCCGAUUCGAUCAUCAAUCUGCUCAAGGACCUCUACAAAGGAGCAAGAACGGCUAUCUAUACAAGACAUGCACACUCCGAGAUAGUUCCGGUUCGCAGAGGUGUCAUCCAAGGCUGUCCACUCAGUCCAAUCCUCUUCAACUGCUGCUUAGAUCCUUUAUUAUAUGCAGUCCAGAGGAGACACUUUGAGGACGGUUACAGAUUCCAAGACAAAGCAGGACAGUAUUCAAUUGCCAUUCAAGCUUACGCUGACGACGUUCUAGUCAUCUCUCCAACACAUGAAGGAAUGCAAAGAAUCUUAAACACAGUAGAUGAAUUCCAGAAAAUUGCGAAACUCAAAGUUGCACCACAGAAAUGCGUCACACUUGCCAAAACAUCCACUGCAAUCCAACCUUUCCGCAUUGGUCCAGACGAAAUCCCAAUCAAGACGAGCAUGGACAACAUCACAUAUCUUGGAAUACCAAUCUCUGGAACAAAGACAUCAAGAUUUGCAGCUGCAACUGGCAUUCUGGAAAAGGUCAAAGCACAGAUCAGAGUCGUCUUCGCGUCACAUCUCGCUCUCUCUCAGAAGAUUAUCGCUCUCAGAGUCUUCAUCUUGCCACAACUUGACUUUUACAUGUUCCACAACGUAUUCAGAGUCAAUGACUUGAAAGCGACAGAUCAGAUGAUCCGAGGCCUGAUCGACAAAGAAGCGCCGACGUCAAACAUUCCGGUUUCAUUUUUCUACAUGCCGAAGAACAAAGGCGGCUUUGGACUCGUUAAAUUGGAACUUCGCCAGCCUCAGCUCGUUCUCACUAAAUUUGCGAGGUUAUGGUUAAGUCAACAAGCAGAAACCAAAGCCUUCUUUCACACAAUGGCUCAAGAAGAGAAGUCAUUCCGCAAGGUCGUCGAAGACCAAGAAAAUGGUUUCUUAGGCAUCAAGAUGGAAAACGGCAAAAUUGUCCAGAAGAACGAAAGAUCCAAACGCACAAAUUGUUUCAUCACACAGGCGGCUAAAGCAGCAGACAAACUGGAAGUCAGAUUCAAAGAAUGGGACAAAGGAGGCAUACAAGUCAGAGGUGUAGGAGAAAAUGCAACAGACUGGUACCGCUCGAAACACAUCGGCCAAAUCUCACCCUUAAUCGGUCGCGUCAUCCAACAGAGGCAGUACGAGGAGUUCAAGAAAGACGAAACACACUCACACACUUUCUGCGAACCAGCAGCGCUAGCGGAGUCACACGACAUCAUGAAGAGACCACAAGCUGUUCCAAACAACCUCUACUCAGCGGCUAUUGCUCUCCGUACAAACACAGCUCCAACCCCAGCAAACAUGCACUUCCACAACCCAGAAGUUUUGGCUAAUUGUCCAUUGUGCGGAUGCCAAUCCUGCACUCUCUUCCACACAUUGAACAUGUGCAGAAACCGUUUCAGUCUAUACAAAUGGCGCCACAAUAUCAUAUGCGAUGACAUUUACCAAUUCAUUCACGAUCACUAUCCAGGAGUAACCAUCAAAUGCUCGGCGAGAAUUACAAGUGACGGCUACCAAACAACAGGCCCAGAGCUCGACGACACAGUUAAAGAUCUCCUCCCAGACCUUGUUGUCUACGAUGAAGCGAACAAGAUGAUCAAGAUCAUUGAAGUCACAUGCCCUUACGGCACGGACAACAAUGUUGGCAACUCUCUUGACGCGGCAUACGACAAAAAGGUUAACAAGUAUAAGAGCCUUGCUGAACAAACAGAGAGAUUAUUUAACUGGACCACGACGCUCUCAAUUAUCGUAGUCUCAUCACUAGGAGUCAUCCCUCUCCGUACAAAACUCGACGCAUUGAGAAUCUCACCUGCAGAUCACAUACAGCUACUCAAGAGACUUUCGAUGCACGCGAUAGCUGCGAGUGCUUGCAUUGUUUUUGAAAAAGUGCCAGAAUUCUUCGGUAUGCGCUGCCGUCCCCUCCCAGGACUAGUCACAGCUCCCAAUGCAGCGAUCCCACCAAACAACAAUGAAAACAAUAACGACACAGAUCAUGGUCAGGAGAACCAACAGGCAACCUCUGAAGAGCAACCAACCAACAAUGGAAAUGCUCAAGAAGACAAUGGCCAAGGCGAACAAAUAAAUAAUUCAACCGAACAAACUAUCUCUGUUGAUCAAAUCAUCGAAGAAGAUGCUGAGAACAACGCGAUAGAACAAGCCUUAGACCAACCCGAUGAGGACGAAUUCCUUAACUAA